UCCUCAGCUCCCAAUCGUUUGCAAAACCCAGCGAUCAGAAGCUAGCUAGACACGGGCAAAAGAGCCAGCAGCUAUGGCUUCCAAAUCCCAGCUCAUGUCCUUCGCUGCCAUCGCAGCUCUCGCCUCGCUCCUUCAUCCCUGCACAUCCAUCGAGUUCCACCGCAAGCUCUCCAGCUGGUCCGAUGGCGGCGCCACGUGGUACGGCGCCGCUAAUGGGGCUGGGAGCGAUGGUGGCGCAUGUGGGUACCAGGGUGCCGUCGACCAGGCGCCGUUCUCGUCCAUGAUCGCCGCCGGCAGCCCUUCCAUCUACAAGUCCGGCAUGGGAUGCGGCUCUUGCUUCCAGGUGCGUACCUGUGCACUGUAUAUAUAUCUAGCUGAGGGACAUGUUUUUUUCUUCAGAUGUACAUGCUUACACAAGAUGUAUCACAAACCAUGCAUUCAUUUGCCUUAUCACCAACAGGUGAAAUGCACCGGUAAUGACGCUUGCUCCGGCACCCCGGUGACCGUCGUGAUCACCGACGAGUGCCCCGGCGGCCCGUGCCUGAGCGAGCCGGUCCACUUCGACCUGAGCGGGACGGCGUUCGGCGCCAUGGCGAAGCCCGGCCAGGCCGACCAGCUGCGCGGCUCCGGCGUCCUCCAAAUCCAGUACACCCGCGUGCAGUGCAGCUGGCCCGGGGUGCAGCUAACCUUCGUCGUGGACGCCGGCUCGAACCCGAACUACUUCGCCGUGCUCGUCAAGUACCAGAACGGCGACGGCGACCUCUCGGGCGUCGAGCUCAUGCAGACCGGCCCAGGGGCCGCGUGGGCGCCCAUGCAGCAGUCGUGGGGCGCCGUCUGGAAGUUCAACGCCGGGUCGGCGUUGCAGGCGCCCUUGUCCAUCCGCCUGACCUCCAGCUCCGGCAAGCAGCUCGUCGCCAGCAACGUCAUCCCCGUCGGGUGGAAGCCCGGCACCGCCUACCAGUCAGCGGCCAACUACUAACUAUCCAUAUAGGCAUAGAGCCAUUUCACCAUAACCUGAUAACCUUACAUAUGUUUGAUGCAUGCGUGUAGCUAUGUGCUGUUUGUAUCAUUUGUAUGGGACUGAACAAGCUCGAUCUAUUACGCGCG